AUGGAGAAAGUCCAGGGAGAAAUGGAGAUUGAGAGAUGGGAAAGGAGCGAAGAGCUGUCAGAUGCCGAGAGAAAGGUGAUUCAAGAGACCUGGAGCAGAGUGUACACGAACUGCGAGGAUGUUGGGGUCUCCAUACUGAUCAGGUUUUUUGUCAAAUUCCCAUCUGCCAAGCAGUACUUCAGUCAGUUCAAGCACAUGGAGGACCCCCUGGAGAUGGAGAGGACCCCGCAGCUGCGCAAGCAUGCCCGGCGGGUCAUGGGCGCUGUUAACACCGUAGUGGAGAACAUCAACGACUCCGAAAAGGUCUCGUCUGUUCUGGCCCUGGUAGGCAAGGCCCACGCCCUCAAGCACAAAGUGGAGCCUGUCUACUUCAAGUUCUUCACCGGUGUCAUGCUGGAGGUCAUCGCUGAAGAAUAUGCCAACGACUUCACCCCAGAGGUGCAGAGAGCCUGGACCAAGAUGAAGAGCCUCAUCUACACCCACGUGACUGCCGCGUACAAGGAGGAGCCCCCUGGUGGCAGUGGUGGUGGCAGCAGCAACAAGGUGACAGAGACUCCACUGCCAACCUGAAACACUGCUGUCCAUGAAGAGCAGCUUGCAUUGAACCAUAACAGUGCCCAAGGGAACUGCAUCUGUCUCAUUCAAAGUGAUUAUUCAGUAUAUGUAUAUUAGAAUGUGGGAGAACCUCAGGGGAUUCCUGUAACCAGACCAACAAUGUUAUACGCAUGCAUCAGCAUUCCCCUGACUGUGCUGUGACUGGGAAAAACUAGCUUCCAUUUCCUGAUAUGACCAUUAGCAGAAUGAGAUCAUCUGACUGUCAUGAGACCUUCUAUAGUUCCUGAGAAUUAAGAUGCUAUCGGCCCUGCAGUGUGCGUUACAUUGAACAAACACUGAGUUCUUUUAAAAAGAAAUUCCAGCCUGGAAGAAGGGAAAGACCUUCAGAUUGCAGAGCUCCUAUCCUACAAACAUUUACACAGAUAAGUAACUUGACACCCAUACAUACAUACAAAAAGUUAUUCAUGACCAUCAGAGUUUUCAGGAUCAAGACUGUAUAUGCAUGAUCCAUUCUAGCAACAUCCACAUGAUACAGCUGAUCACAGCGAAUCUGGUCUAGAUCUCAACUCUUAACAGUGGACCUAAUUCUGACCUUACUUAAUCAAUUUCCAAGUCGAUUUCUUUUAUUUACACUGGAUUAGCAUAAAGCAGAGUCAGACCCAGAUUUUACAUCAUUUUCAUGUUGUAAUUCUUUUCCUUAUGAUUAGUAUUGGAAGGAUUUGACUUUUAUCUCUGGUGAAACUCAAAAAGAAAUAUUGAUGUUUAUUUCUAAAGCUUUUACAAAUGAUUGACUAAAAUGUUUGCAUUAGUGGGAAAUAAAGAAAAAAACAGGUACUAGUUAUUCAAAAAAUUAAUGGUUUAGAAGCUGAGAUUCAAAAACAGCUUCAGAAAUAAAAUCAUGAUCAGAUUCCAUGAUGUGGACGUACUUAUAUUUUAUUUUUAAGCAGAGUAAAUAGUGAUUUUUUUAAAUGAACACAAAUACUUAUUAGCCUUUAAGCACUAUUUUAAAAUAAUUAACUUUCCUUUUUUUGUACAUUUUAAUUAGUAACUACACAUAUUUUCUCUCUUCUUCUAUUUAUUUAUUUAUUGGUAGAAGGAAAGAUUGAUUCUACACAAAGAACAGCCAUAAACUUUCAGGCUAAAUUGCUUUUAUUUUAGAUUAAGGGAAACAACAAAAGAAGAAAGAACAAAAAGAAAGUUUCCCUGAGAGAUCACAGUGAGUACUUCUCUCUAACAAUCUGUACUAAAGUCUGAGAACAAAAUAGCUGUUGUCUCUGCCUGCAGGCUGAGGUCUUAGAUAUUGUAAGAUGCAGGACACAGAACAAUGAAACAUAGGCUACUUCUACACUAGGGAUGUAAUUCCUAGCUCACAUACAUACAUUUGCACUAGCUCUCAGCUCUCAGUGUAGCUGCAGUAGCCCUGGCGGAGGCAGCAGCGGCAUGGGCUAGUCACCCCGAAUACAAACCCGCACACAUCCCAUGGGUAAGUACUGGGGACAUCUAACCCACACCGCCGCCUGUACUCCUGUGGCUUCACUACAAUUUUAAGCAUGCUAGCUUGAUAAGAGCUAGUGCGAGUAUGUUGGCUUGUGCUGGGAAUCACGCCCCCAGCUCUAAGUGUAGACAUAACUGUUGUUCCAUAGCUACCAGCACCACACCAUCUACUCAGCCAAACCUAAUCCUUCCAGCCCUGUUCUAAUCUGCAAAAUCCACAACUCGUCUGUCAUUUGAUCUGUCUGUCAAGUGUCAUGCACAAC